CUUCAGCUAGAGGAAUCAUGAAAGAUAGAGGACAAAGAACAUUCCAUUUUCUUCUCUGUUUUAUAAAUCAUGUUUACUUAAGCUAAAAGAAUCAUGAAAGAUACAGGGCAACGAAUAUUCGAUUUUCUUCUCUCAGCUGCUUUACUGAGAUACCGUAUACACGUGGAAUAUGUUAUAUUGCGACUCAAAAACCGAUGGAAAGGUGUACAUUUACAACACAGAGAAAGCAACUACAUUUAUGAUGUUUUUGUGUCAUAUGGUGAGAAAGACUAUGCCUGGAUUGUUCGUUAUCUGUACCCAAAACUAGAAAGCUUAAAUAUUAAGGCAUGGCUUAAGGACAGAGAUUCAACUCCAGGAGAUUGGGAGGCAGAAGAGAUAGUGAAAUGUAUCAAUGAAAGUAGAAAAGUGUUGUUCGUGAUCACUGAAUGUUUUCUUGAGAGUGGUUGGGCCUCAUACGCCGUGCAGAUGGCGGUUACUCACGCCUUCCAUAACCAGCGUCAGAGUUCCAUUGUUGUAAUCAUCAAAGACGAAAUACCAUUAGAGAGACUCCCGAACGAUAUCAAAAAUAUAUGGUGGUGCAUAGACUACCUUAAAUGGCCUUCAGAAAGAAAUGAAGACGAAGAUUUAUUGCGUCUUCAAUUGUCUAAUUUGCUCAAGCCCACGUAAUUCUGAUUAAAAGGCUUCGAUACGGUUUUUUAUUUCUCUAUAAGUUGAAAAAAAAUAAGAUGGGAUAUAAGUUUGAAGAUGAAUCUUCACAAUGAUUCCCCAUAUAUAUGAUUUUCAGGAAUUGAAAUCAAAGCUCUGACAAUCUGAUUAAUGUUUACUUUUUCGAGGAUAUUUUUUCAAAGAUUGAUGAGAUGUGUUUCACUGUGUACUACAGUAUGUUCUACAACAUGUUUUAAGAAAAAU